CAGAAGAAGAGAAGACUUCUUUUCUCGAUUUCUUCUCGUUCACACACUGGCAUCGGGUGAUAAAGUUGUUUCUGUAUAUUUUGCACGCCUUGCAUCAUCUAAGUUUGUUUCUAAAUUGUUGUAAAAUUUAGUGAGUGUACGUUAGUUGUGGACCAGCCUAUUUGUCUCACUUAUAUAAUAAAAAAGACGAAUCUAGGAUUGUGAUUUUUAGUGACUUUGGUGUUUUACAAAUUCUUUUUGGUUAGCCGGUAGGAUAUUAGGAUGGCCCAAUCAAAAUUUACUGAUAUGGCUAAUCGAUUAGGAAAUAAUCCAAAGGGCUUAGGGACUGGCUUGAAAAUACUUGCUGCUGCUGGUGCAGCAGUGUAUGGAAUAAGUCAGUCAAUGUUCACAGUUGAAGGUGGUCACAGAGCUAUAAUAUUCAGCAGGUUAGGUGGUAUCCAGAACGACAUCUAUACAGAAGGACUACAUUUUAGGAUACCAUGGUUCCAGUAUCCAAUCAUUUACGAUAUCAGGUCCAGGCCAAGGAAAAUUUCUUCUCCUACUGGCUCAAAAGAUUUACAGAUGGUAUCAAUAGGUCUCCGAGUCCUGUCACGACCAAACGCUUCCAAGCUCCCAGAGAUGUAUCGACAGUUAGGUCUGGACUACGAUGAGAAAGUGUUGCCGUCAAUCUGUAACGAAGUCCUAAAAUCAGUCGUUGCCAAAUUCAAUGCCUCACAGUUAAUAACAAUGAGACAACAGGUAUCAUUGAAAGUGAGACAAGAGCUGAUAGAGAGAGCCCAAGACUUCAACAUCAUUCUAGAUGAUGUUUCCAUCACAGAACUGAGCUUCGGCAAGGAGUACACAGCUGCAGUAGAGGCCAAACAGGUAGCUCAACAAGAAGCACAGAGAGCAGUCUUCGUAGUCGAGAGAGCAAAACAAGAAAGACAACAAAAAAUUUUCCAAGCUGAGGGUGAAGCAGAAGCUGCCAAGAUGUUGGGUAUAGCUGUUGGACAGAACCCUGGUUACCUGAAACUGAGGAAAAUCCGAGCAGCUCAGAGCAUUUCUCGAACGAUUGCCAACUCCCAGAACAAGGUCUACCUCAGUGGAUCAGCUCUUAUGUUGAACAUCAAUGACCCUGCUUUUGACGACCUCAGUGAGAAGCUUAAAAGCCCGCGGCCAUAUUUCUCACCCCAACCGGCCAGGGGGGGUGGCGGGGAGGUGAAUGCGGCUGUGACCGACACUGUCCAACAAACGGCGGCGCAGAUAGUCACCAGUCGGGCGUAAAGUCCACGUCCACACACAUUAUAGACAAAUGUACAACUACCUCUUUGGAACUCAAAUUUCUUGAUUGCGACAUUUUUAAUUUGGCUUCAGUUAAAAAAUAAUGCUUAGUAACUUUAGAAGACAUUCACAAUACUUCCCUGAAACUUAAUUUCACAGAGAGCUUCGGACACUUUAUUAGUUAAGGGAGUUACUACUGUAGUUUUUGUAAUAAGUAAUUUUUAUGUAAGGGAAAAUUAAAAUAAACUAAUACGUU